AUAAUAAAUAAACCCAAUCCGGGAAAAAUUCCCGCCAUUUUCAUUCGGCACCUCAACUUCAGAGAAACCCUAGACGAAGAGAAGAGAAGAGAAAGCGCAAAAAUGAAAGAAGAAAUCAAAUCAGAAUUCAAGAAAGCCGGGUUCGAUUUUGACGAAGAAGAAGAGAUUCUCAGCAAAUGUCUCACUUUUUGCAUCAACUACAGUCUCACCCCUUCCGAUCUCGUCUCAAGCUGGGAAGUUUAUUAUCUUAACAGACAGCUGGAUGAACCAAUUGUACAAAAUGCUGAAAUGGAAGGGUUUAUGUUGCAUCUGCAAAAUAAUGUGAAAGACGAUAUUAUUAAGGAGGAAACUGGUUUGCAUCUUUAUUCUAUCGGAGAUGUAGAAAUGAUCUUAAAUGAUGAUGAUACAAAGGAUGAUACUCCCAGCACACCAACAAAUAAUCGUCAAGAUGUAUAUUCGCCUAUACAUGAUACACCAUCUUUGUAUGGAAAUAUUUUAGCAUCUGGAAAGCCGGCUGAUCUGGUUACACCUUUUUCAAAACGGACAGAUAGGUUUGCGGUGAAGUUCAGCAUCAAUACCAUACCUGACGUAGAAAAUGGAAAACAAGAACUUAAUCACGAGAAUGAAGAGAAUGACGAGUACAAUAUUGUUUCGAAAAUUGUAAGCCGAAAAAGAUGUUCAUUGGUGAUUCAUGGAUCAGGGCCGAAACCAGGUUGCAGAUUCAUGUAUGAUAGGACUGAGGAUAAGAUUAAUGCUAUAGAAAACCGGAUUAAAAAACAUGCAAGAGCACUUGUAGCCUCUGGGCUCUAUGAAGAACCAACAGACCCUUCAAUUGCCUCACCGAGAAGCUUUUUUUCCAUUGGCAUGAUUUGUUGUGACGGAGAAGGCCGUCUUAAUGAGAAGUCUGUCAUGUUGCAGAGCAGUAUUGAACAUUCUGGAGGGGAAUGUGUCCGCCUGGACUUGCAACGCUUAAACCAUUAUUCAGUUUUCCCUGGUCAGGUAGUUGGAAUUGGAGGGCAUAAUCCCAGUGGGCAUUGCCUAGUUGCAUCUAAAUUGGUGGAUUAUAUACCUACCUCUGUUGCCAAGGAGGAUUUGAAUCCUUCAAAGAAGCAAGCUAUUGAUAAGGAGAAUCAGCCAACUGAACUGCUUUGUAACCAGAGAGAGUUAUCAAUGAUUAUUGCGGCUGGUCCUUUUACUACAACCGACAAUUUGUUUUUUGAGCCUCUUGUAGAACUGCUGGCAUACGCAAAGCGAAGACCACCACAGUUGCUUGUAUUGCUUGGACCAUUUAUUGAUUCUGAACACCCAGACAUCAAGAAAGGAACUGUGGACAGGGAUUUUGAUGAAAUAUUUCGUUUGGAAGUCUUGAGGAAGUUGGAAGAUUAUGUAGAAAGUAUGGGUUCAGCAGUACGUGUUCUCCUUGUACCAUCUAUACGGGAUGCUAACCAUGAUUUUGUUUUUCCUCAGCCUGCAUUUGAUAUCAGUCAACCUCAGCUUCAGAUAGCCAGUCUCACUAAUCCUGGAAUCUUCGAGGCAAAUGAGGUCAAAGUUGGUUGCUGCACUUUGGAUGUUCUCAAGCAGAUCAGCGGGGAGGAGAUAUCACGAAUUUCAGCAGAUAGAAAACCUAUUGAUCGCUUGAGUAGACUUGCAAACCAUAUUCUUAACCAACAAAGUUUCUAUCCACUUUAUCCACCAGCUGAAAGUGUUCCCUUGGACUUCUCUCUGGCGCCAGAAGCCCUUCAACUACCACUGGUUCCAGAUGUUCUUAUCUUACCCUCAGACCUCAAGUACUUUGUCAAGGUUCUUGACAACGAAGGUGAAGAGACCAACCGCAUGAAAUGCAUUGCCGUAAAUCCGGGAAGAUUAGCCAAAGGGGAAGGAGGAGGCACUUUUGUAGAACUUGAUUAUAGUGGGGGUCUCGAUAAAAUUAACGCUUCAAUUUUGGCCAUUUGAAUAUUUUGUUUAGAACACUAUUUUUCGGGCACCUUUGUAAAAUCAAUGUCUUACUUUCCUUCAAUUAAUGUUGAAAAAAAAGAAGAAAAUAUGUAUUAUUACAGGUUUUAACUUGAUGAGAUGAGAUGCAAGUGUAACAACGAAAUCUUAUAAAAUCGUUUCAACGAAAACCUUAUAAAAUCAUUUCCUUUCA